ACGGACGAGGAGAUAAAACAUCCAUUACAUCUCAUUCAUCUAUUUAAACGAUUGAAAAUAAACACAAUUCACACUUUCAAAUUAACAAUACUUUUGUUUACAAAUGGAUCCAAGGAAAGUAGAUAUCAGUCGAUUGGAAUCACUUCCUCAAGAUCUGUUGGGCAUAAUCGUCUCAAAAGUCGCUGCUGCAUCCACUGACGAUUACAUUAACUGCAUCCUCUCUUGCAAAGAGUUAGGUGCAUCCGCUGAUGAUGAACGUGUCCUCCAAAAACUCAACCUCGCUCCACUGGUGAAGAAACCACUAUUAUCAAUCCAAUACCUUCCGCUCAUGAAAAAAACCCUUGCAGAAAACAAUCCUGAUGCUCACUACAUCAAAGGUAUCAUCAUGUACUUCCUCCUCACUGACUCUGAUACAGGACUCCACCAUUUGGGUGUCUCAGCUAAUGCAGGGAAGUUAGAAGGCAUCUAUCUGUAUGCCAUUAUACUACUCUGUAGAGGCAGAACCGUUGAAGGUAAAAAAUAUCUCAACCAGCUUAAAUGGACUGAAGACACAACUCUGGUUAACAAUUGCUGGAAAAAGAUCAAAAUCUGAUUACAUGGGAUUAGAGUGGCAAGGAAGAGCUGUUAUUUGACAUCACUUCGACAAAUGAAACCAACAGCAACUUUUUGUCACCUCAAGGACAUGGACAUCACAUGUGGAAGGUGUUUCUACUACAAGCAAAUGUAUAAGUUUAUCUUCAUGAUAUAACUUAAAUUUGGCAUCUAAAGAGUUGAAAAUCAGUUUUUUUUUUUUUUUUUAAUUCCCUAAAAUGCUUAUAGAGCUGUGUCUCAAAGCAAAGUCGUUUUCGUUUUAUCUUUUUCUUUCAUGUUUCCAAGUUGUAAGAAAUUUUCAUAAUCAAAAAAAUUUCAGCUCUUACAUAUAUUAAUUGCACAUAUAUUUACUUCCCAAACAAUUGUUAAGAACCUGGAAAUGGCGAGGAGACUUACUCUUGGGACUUACCAAAAAGCCACACCAAAAAACAUAUGAUCAUUUGUCAGAAAAAACUAAAAUUAUUUCAAACAGUUUGCUAUUACACUAUUAGAAAAACAGUAAACAAACUGUAUAAUUUGCAAGCUUUGUUAAGCUAAUUCUAUUAUAAAACAAACAUACCCCAAUACAGUUACUAUAUCAAAUUAUC